AUGUCUGUGAUGGCAUUCACUGAUAUCAAAGCAAGCGAGCAAGAGGCAAACCCUGAUAUCCAGCAUCGGUUCUCAUACCAGCUCAUCUUCAGUGUCUGGCCAGCAACACCUGCAUCAUCGGGUGAAAGUGCACCUUCCAAUAUGACUGCAUCAAAACGUCCUUAUGGUUCUGCGAGCGAUCUGUGGAUCAUGGUCGCCUGUGAAAUUUCAUCGGAAAGUGAUACACAUACUACAUCAACCAUGCACAGUAGAGACCCAUUACCGGAUGUGAGUGACGGGGCAAUCGAGCACAACGAGAAAGAGGUCAGCGGCUCUGCUGCUCGAAGCCCUGACAGCUCCGAAGUUGGAGAAUUGUCUCUGCCGGCACCAACACUGCAGGGGCCUGGGACUGCCGAGUAUAAUGCAACCGAGUCAAAUGAUUCUUGCCCUGUACUUGAUCCGAACACCAGCGACCCUGGCGAACAUGCCUCGGAAAAGCCCUGGAAAGAAGAAUUCGUCAAACACCAUAAAGCGAUCAAAAGAGCCAGAAAAGAGGCCCAACGAAGACUGUGGCGAUUCGAAAACACCGGAGAUCCGGACAUUUUCACAACGUUCAAAUCCGCGUUUUGGAGCUGGAUUGAGCUCGUGAAGGGCGUGAGGCGCGUCUCGAAAGAGUACAAUAACGAUCUGGUGGAAGAAAUACACGCAUUCAUCAAUGGCCUUCGUCUGUUGAUGGAUCGAAGAAGCGAUGAACUGAGUACCGUCGUCCUCGCAUCAGAUUUGUCACUGGAUUGGAAGGCGAUGGACAAGCAGUUCGAAGAAUUGCGCACGUGGCAGCUGUUUGCAAAUGAGGUUGACGGCAUCUUCCUGGACUGGGUGUUUGACGAAUCCAUGGAACUGUUUCGAGAAUGGGAGGAUCCUGCGGCAGUAUGACUGAGCGAUACAGCAUGCAGGUCCAUACAUGAUGGUGCCGCAAAGUUGUCCU